UCUCCACCAUGCCUGAGCCAGCCAAGUCCGCGCCCGCCCCGAAGAAGGGCUCCAAGAAGGCCGUGACCAAGGCGCAGAAGAAGGACGGCAAGAAGCGCAAGCGCAGCCGCAAGGAGAGCUACUCGGUGUACGUGUACAAGGUGCUCAAGCAGGUACAUCCGGACACGGGCAUCUCCUCCAAAGCCAUGGGCAUCAUGAACUCCUUCGUGAACGACAUCUUCGAGCGCAUCGCGGGCGAGGCGUCGCGCCUGGCGCACUACAACAAGCGCUCGACCAUCACGUCUCGGGAGAUCCAGACGGCCGUGCGCCUGCUGCUGCCCGGGGAGCUGGCCAAGCAUGCCGUGUCCGAGGGCACCAAGGCCGUCACCAAGUACACCAGCGCCAAGUGUAACUAUUAAGGAUCUCGAGAGGAAGACAUCUUGGAUUUAGAACGGGCCUUGAAUCUGAAGACAGCUGUCAUCCUGUAAGAAGAGGAGAGGACAGGCUCACAGGCAAGGAGCUGUGACGGAGGUGGAGGUUGCAGGUGUGCUGCAGAGGCCAAGGAACGCUGAGACUUCAGGCAACCACCGCGGCUUGCGGCCCAGAGACACCAAAAGGUUGGACACGCCAGCCAUAGAAUGAAUGAGUCCCAGGAGCAUGGUGAUUUCGGACUUCUGGGCUCCAGAACUGCGAGGGGCAAGGGUUUCUGUUGUUUAGUACUGUCAGUUUGCAGUAAAUUGUUGCUGGGAGCUCCAGUAAAUUACAUUAACGGUGACACAAAAGAAAACACUCCCAGCUCCCUGCUCUCCUAGCCCCUGGACCUGAUUUAGUUUUCCUCAGAGUACUCAUCACAACCUAAAACUUAUUUUAAAAAAAUUGAGGGGCCAUUUCAGUGUCUGUCAUUGUUAUAUAUUGUCACCAGCACUUUUUA